AAAAGGGCAAUAUAUGUCUUGAUUCUGGAGGUUGUUUCCAUAUUAUUAGAGGAAUGAGUUCAUAUUCUAAUUAUAUUAGAACAAUGUUCGAAUAUUCUAAUUGUGCAGCAUUGAACAGAAAAGAAUUGAAACAAAAUCAAUCGCAUUUUCGUUAUGUUGAAAGGAAAGUUUGCAGCAGACGCGUGGUUUGAUUAGGUAGAUCAUCUGUGACGAGAAAUUCGAUGCCCAUUCAUAAUAAUUUCAGUCUUCAGAAAUUCUAUAUUCGCUUCGUCACGAUCGUUUAAAGAAGAAGUACCAUGCUAUAUGCAAUGCUUCCCCGUGUCGAGUUAUUAAACCACGUAGCUAUUUCCUAUGAAAUAUCCCACGGUGACUGUCGUUGCCCACUUCCUUAAUCAAUAUAUAAUUUAUAGGCUAUUAUUUCGUGCUUUCCUGUUGCACUUUCCUUUUCAUUGAAAAACUUGAAAUGUGUAAUCAAGUUGAAACAAAUUCUGAUUGAUCUAACCGAAAAUGUUGCAAAACAAUCAGUUUUUACACAAUAAUUUAUUGGGAAAUAAUUUUUUUUUUAAAUUAUGCCCUAUUAAUAUUAUUACAUUAAUGAUUUGCAUAGUCAUACAUGCUUUAUAUUAUUGUUUUACUCAAUUUUCCUUUCAAUUUUGUUCCUACAAAUACCCAACUUUCAUUGGGUUGUCAUAUUGAAGCAUCGCGUCGACUUGCUAAGUUUCACGAUCGGCAUGAAUGACUGGUUUAUCUCAAAUUACUAGUUCUAGAAGCAAUAUCCGCCUGGUAUUUGUUUACGCCGGUUGUAGUUAAAGUGAUAAAGACGUGAAGCGAUCUUCAUGCCUUGAUAUUUUUGCAGUAAACAUCACAUGGCCUGCACAGGAUGUUACAAUGAAGUCGAAUGCAGAAAUACUACCAGUUGGGGAAGAAGAAUACUGGUUUCUGUUGCAGGAUUCGCGUUUCUAUUGUGCGUAUGUCAUUUUAAGACAAAUAUAUACGGUAGAAAUGCAAUGAAAUUGAGCAGUUCAGACGUCUCUGCGAGGAAUGGCCAUUUAAACCGACACCUCUUGGAAGACAAACACAGCGAUACCAAGUGUGUGCAUCUCCAUAGCGUGAACUCUUCCUACCUCUGUGCGUUUGUGAAGACAACAGAAGACUGUCAAAUUCAAGAUGGUUUCAUCCAGUACAUACAGUUUCCGUAUUGUACUUUAUCAAGAACCGAGGCUUUAGCUUUCGUCUUAAUGAUUUUAUGGUUGAUAUUUCUCUUCAUUUUUGUUGGAAUCACAGCUGAUGAUUACUUCUGUCCAGCAUUGACCGUGAUUUCUAAUGCUUUAAAUCUUAGUCCCAAUGUGGCAGGCGUCACAUUUCUCGCGUAUGGAAAUGGUGCUCCAGAUAUUUUCAGUGCAGUGGCUGCUUUCGUCAAUUCCAACGGGACUGGAGAUUUGGCACUCAGCGCAUUAAUUGGUGCUGGAAUGUUUGUAACGACUAUCGUUGUUGGAGUAGUUUCAUUAUCAGUCACGUACGAUCUGAACCAGAGACCAUAUCUUAGAGACGUCGUCUUCUAUCUUGGCGCGUUAGCUUGGACUUUAAUUAUAGUUUAUAGAAAGAAAAUUGAUUUCCCUCAAGCGAUCGGUUUCAUCGUCCUUUACAUAGUCUACGUUCUCGUUGUGAUUAUCGGUCGUGUGAUCUAUCAGCGGUACAAGCGAAGAAUGCGGGCGCAACGAAGAACCAUCCAAGAGGAUUUUGAAUCCAGUUAUCAGAACGGGGCAGUAUGUCAAGGCUCGUCUGGACGUAGCGAGGAAGAUUUCGAAAAAUCAAUUCCAGUCAUCACAGAUACCAGUAGAUCUAGUAGUUGGAGGUUUAAUCCGCAAAGAUCAGAUCCAGACAUAACAACACCUUUGCUAGCCAAUACACCAGGUUUAACGAGCGGCCAAGAUAAAGGUUUUCUUAAAGAGCUUUUGUCAUUUUCAAAUUCCGAUUUCAUCGAUUCUGGUUUAUUAAGAAAGAUGUAUACCAUAAUUAAAAUUCCAAUAAACUUGUGUUUGAAUCUCACAAUUCCUGUCGUUGAACUGAGCGCGGAAAAGCACAACUGGAAUAAAUGGCUGCAAAUUCUACAAUGUCUAUUUAUGCCGUUGUUCUGCGUCUUUGCCACGAAAGGUGGAUUUAUUAUGUUAGGAGGGAAAUUUCCACUGGCUGCUCUAAUGGCUAUUGUUGGCGUGAUACUGGCCGUUACCGUGGCAAUCACGUCAUCAAAAGAUCGCCCACCAACUUAUCAUAAGUUAUUUUCAUUCAUGGGUUUCAUCGCGUCCGUCAUUUGGAUUUAUUCAACCGCAAAUGAAAUUGUUAAUUUGUUGAGGAUGUUUGGCGUCGUGUUCAAACUCAGCAACGGAAUAUUGGGCGUGACUCUGCUGGCUUGGGGAAACAGUAUAGCAGAUUUUAUUGCUAAUCUGGCUGUAGCAAAGCAAGGCUACCCUCAGAUGGCAAUAGCAGCUUGUUUUGGUGGUCCUUUGCUAAAUUUAUUAUUAGGAGUUGGGCUAUCCUGUACAAUCGCGACUUCCAGAAGUAACGGGACGUUAAAGUUAAACACGGGAAAUCAAGACUUCAUUUCGACUGCAUUUUUAGCGGCCAGUUUGGCAUCCUCAGCAAUCAUUGUUCCACUCGUUGGUUUUCGGAUUCCUAAAAUCUAUGGCGUUUAUCUUAUCUUAUUGUACAUCGCCUUCCUGGUCGUAACGAUUUUAAAUGAAACCGGCGUCUUAUUUUCGUAGACUCCAAUUAUUUUUAUGCUAACUUAUCGGGCUGACCAUGUCAGAGUUCAUAAGAUGAAGAACCUUCAGUUUGAGAUCACUGUUUUGAAUACGACAUCAUACGUAAAUCAUUUGUACAAACACAAGAUAGAUCUUUUUAUAAUAGGGGA